AUGACCGAGACUCUCACCCUUUACACCGCUAAGAUUUGCCCCUACGCACACAGGGUCGAGUUGGCCCUGGAAGAAGCGAAGGCCAAGUACACCAGUUACCAGAUUGACUUGCAGAACAAGCCGACGUGGUAUGCACCCAAGGUUAAUCCGGCGAGCAAGGUCCCCGCGAUCGCAUACGGAGGCCCUACCGCGGCCCCGGAAGACCCGUCCCCGCAGUCCGUCAAGAUCGCCGAAUCGCUCGUCUUGCUCGAGUUUGUUGCCGACGUCUAUCCGCACGCGCACCUUCUGCCCACGGAUCCCGUAGCCCGCGCAAAGACACGCUUUUUCAUCGAGGUCGUCUCUUCCAAGUUCUCUCCCGCUUGGAACGCGUUCUUCCGCGGGCAGGCUGGCGGCUCCGUGGACGCAUUCCUCAACGCGCUCGAGGAGGUGCAGGCGCUCCUCCCGUCCGAGGGCUACGCGGUCGGCGAGUACUCCACUGCAGAUAUUGCGAUCACGCCGUUCAUCGCGCGUGCGUUCGUCGCAUUGAACAACGACAUCGGCGGGUAUCCUGAGGGCGAGAGCAAGGUCGUGCUAAGCAAGCUUGCUGAGCCUCGCUUUGCGCGGUUCACCAAAUACUGGAGCGACCUGCGCUCGAGGCCGAACUUCACCGCUACGUUUGACGAGGCGUAUGUCACGGACGCAUACAAGAAGCGUUUCGCGAGUUUGCGUGCGCAGAAGUAG